CGAACUAUCUGUUCCUUCCCUGCAUUUCAGGCCUUAAACUGAUCUUUAUACCAUUUUACCUAGUAAACCUUUUUCUCUCUCUUCAAUCUUAUCCAUCAACAUGAACAAGCUUCUUGAUCAGCCCUACUUACAUUCAGGAGUUCAAAAGUCACUAUUUUUGGCCUUUCUCAUACUCCUUCCCACCAUAGUUUCCGGUGAGUGUACAUGUGAUGCUGAAGAAGGAGGUCAUAACAAAAGUAAAGCACGUAUGUACAAACUGAUCGCCAUAGCCACAAUCCUCGUAGCCGGUGCAAUCGGUGUGUGUCUUCCAGUAUUGAGCAAGACCAUACCGAGUUUAAGUCCCGAUAGUGAUUUAUUUUUCGUCAUCAAGGCUUUUGCAGCGGGUGUCAUUCUAGCAACUGGGUUUAUACACGUGCUUCCUGAUGCUUUUGAUCACUUGACAUCGCCGUGUUUGAAUGCGAAUCCAUGGCAGAACUUUCCGUUUACAGGGUUCGUGGCCAUGGUAUCGGCAAUGGGUACUCUUAUGGUUGAUACCUAUGCUACUUCUUACUACAAAAAAUCACACUUGAACAAAGCAAGGCCCGAUGAAGAGAUGGUAGUUGAUGGGCAUGAUGACGGUCAUGGUCAUGUCCACGCGUAUGCCACACAUGGUCAUGCCCAUGGAUCGAUUCUCUCUGAAGGGGAUUCGGAUUCAUCUGAACUACUUCGUCAUCGUGUUAUAUCACAGGUUUUGGAAUUGGGGAUUAUAGUCCACUCUGUAAUUAUUGGAAUUUCCUUGGGUGCUUCUCAAACUCCGAAAACGAUAAGGCCUCUUGUGGCUGCCUUGACAUUUCAUCAAUUUUUUGAGGGCAUGGGACUUGGUGGAUGCAUAGCUCAGGCAAAAUUCAAAUCUCGGGCCGUUGUGAUAAUGGCGGUGUUCUUCUCUCUGACAACCCCGAUUGGUAUCGUAAUAGGCAUCGGAAUAACAAACAUUUACAAGGAGAAUAGCCCAAAUGCUUUGAUCGUUGAGGGGGUUUUAAACGCAGCAUCAGCAGGGAUAUUGAUCUAUAUGGCACUUGUGGAUCUUCUCUCAGCUGAUUUUAUGAACCCAAGAAUGCAGAACAAUGAAAAGCUUCAGUUACAUGCUAAUGUUUCCCUCCUCUUUGGUGCUGGCUUGAUGUCUCUCUUGGCCAAAUGGGCUUGAAGCUUUUUGUUUGGUAGUCAAUGAGACAACCACAUGGUUUUUGAUCCCAUUGCCUCAUACUAUAGGAACUAAGGAUUUUCUACCGCACCGAAAAAUAAUUUUUCGUUAUGAUAUUGAAGCUUAUAAUACAAAUAAACUAUUUUACGACUCGACGGGAUCAAAUUAUGAUCGAUGCAGAAAAGUUGGGAUCGAUCCCAAAUUUGAAGAACUAAUCCCGAAAUUUUGGACCCCAUCGGGUUGUAAUUUGUUCUAUAUAGUAUUGAAAAGUUGGUUUUGGGUGAUGUAGGCUUUUUUUUUUACUUUUUUUUGGAGUUUUAGGACUAUUUUUUAUGGAUAUGGUGGUACCUAUUUUUGUCUUUUGUUUCAGUAUUGUUAUGGUGAUCAAAUUCUUACACCAAAUGAUGUGGGUUGUUAGAUUGGUGGGUUCCAUUGACACCCAAAACAAAUUCAAUGAAUGUGAUGUUGCCACUUCAUUUGGUACAAAAGUUUGGUGUAUAAAUUUGGUCACCAAAGUAUUAUUGUUUUUUUUAUAUGAAAUAAACUCUCAUAUGCCAUUAUUACAAUAAAUUGAAAUGAAUUAUAAAUUCAAAAGAAGAG